CCAUCCCCUGGACCAGCACCAUCAAUCGGCCAUCCACUCUCUGCUGGUGCACUGCUAAAGCAGGAGAUGCCACCAGAAGAAGUCCAGGAUCCUUCAGCAGCGGAAAUCUCACAUGCCCUGCCGCUGCCUUUGAGUUCCUCACCAAGGAGUGCCCGCACUGGACCCAUAAAAACUGGCGGAAGAGUUUUUGUGUUGGACCACACACGCUGGACAGCACCCAUGAAAGCUGCUAUUGACAGUUUGCUGCAGAAGCACCAUGGAGAGAAGGACCGCCUGAAGCUUGUGGAUCAAGAAUACGCUGACAUGGUCCAUCAGUCAGCCACAGAUCCAAACAGCUUGCUCCACCCCACAACCAGGCUGCACAUAUCUCACUAUGUGAAGCACCUGGCAAAACUCCUGAACACCAGUUCCUCCUUGAACACAAGUCAGGAAAAACUUCUGGACACUCAGCAGCUGUGGCACUCUUUAACAGAGGGGAGUGACACUACUUGUGUUCCUGUGGUCACCAUGGAGGCAGCUGUUGUCAAGCCCCCUACACCUGCCCUGUCCACACCUCUAACCCAAGACUCCCUUGAGAAAAUUGUGGAGGGCAUCUUGGAAAAGCAGCAGCAGCAGCAACAACAGCCCCAGCCAGAGCAGAAGAGAAAGCAGACAAAGACGUGUCUUGCCUGUGGACAGCCCAAGUCUCGAUAUGGGACGGAUGGAUCCUCCAUCCACUUUUUUUACCAACAGGGGCCUGUGCGCUAUUUCUACUGCUCUAAGAAGGUGCAUCAGAGUUAUGCUGCUGAGGGACUUUCUGAUGCCAAGAUGCCCUUUGAGCAGUUUGUCCACACAGAUUUCUUCCAGAGGGAGUUGGAGGAAACCAAAAAACGUGUGGAAGAGAAGGUGGGAAAAAAAAGGAAGCAACCAGACACCCAUCCAGCCGGCCGCCUCUGUAGGUUCUGUCACCUGGAACUGAAACAGGGGCCGAACAGCCCACACAUCCAUUCGGGCUUCCCAGGAGUGGCAGGAAAAUAUAUUUACUGCCCCUCUAAAGUGUACUCUUUGUACCGCAAUGAGGGAAUGGCCAGAGAGAUGAGCUGGAAAGAGUUUUGUGCGUCUCCUUUCUAUGAGGCCGAGCGACAAAGAUUGGUGGAGGAAAGAAAAAAGCAUUAAACUCUUCAGAGUUUGUGUAUAAUUAUUGUUUUGUGUUCUGUGUAAAUGAAAAUUAAUUUUUGAAUAGAUGUUUGUAUAUAUGUAAAUAUGAAAGUGUUUAUGUGUAAAUAUUGAAAUUGGACAGCUUUUAUAUCUCUGUGUUUAAGACAGUGGUUCCCAAACCUUUUCUGCUGGGGCCCCCUCCUGGCAGAUGGAAAUAUUAUCAAGCCCCCUUACCCCUGACCCUACACAUCAACACAUAAACAUACUGUAUCCAUGGACUGCAAAAUGAACGUUCAAAUUUUAAAAUGUAACA